AAUAGGAUCAAUGUUCUCAGUGUCCAAUUCCCGGACAGAAAGAAGUCGACAUUCUCAGUUGUGCGAGCAUGUGGUCACAAAGUACAAUUGCUCGUGCAUGGCAUGAAGUACAUCAGAGUGUAGAUACGCCAAUACAGAAGCUAUUUUUUGCGUCGGAACCUUUUCUAUGGGAAGAUCAACAUAUAGACGGAUUCCUUCUAAUGUCGAACUGAUUGACGAAAAACCAACAACAUCAUCAGAUGGGGACAGCAGAAUCCCACAAUGCUUGCAGAUGCAAAGAAAGCUUAUGAUGAUGAGCAGGAACUGAAACGCCAGCAAGAAAUAGAGCGUCAACGUCUCCUUGAAACCAUGUCUGAAUCAGAAAUUGUACAAAAAGAAGUGGAGAUCGGAGUUCAAUAUCCAGAAAAAUUUGUCCUCACAUCGAAAGCUGGUACACAGUUUCCAUCAGAUCAUGUUCUUUGGUUGCCUCCAGCUUCGUCAUCAGCUUCAAAAGUAACGGUUUCAGAAGUUGCAGCUACACCUUACAAACCAAAUUUUGGAGGAAAUAGAAGAAUAUUUCCAAAAUAUAAGAAAGAUACGAUAUUUGUUCCCGAUAAGUUGCAAAGGCCUGAAGAGAUGUUCAUGGAACAUAAAGAUAUGGAAAAAUAUAUUUCACCAUCUUUUGUCAAAACCAGGAAUGAUAAAAUACAAGAUUACAAGGAUUUUUCAUCGGAAAUCGGGGAUCCUUCGAUAUCAUUCUUGUUGAGGGACUCUGUAAUGAGACCUUCUCAAGGUCUAUUUAUGAGUCAUGCUUCAAGCUAUCAUGCUGAAGACAAUGAUUUUGAUUCAAUAACUUCUGAUAUUGUCAAGGCAGAACCUUCUCAUCUGCCAACAUCAAAAGAUGUCUUGCAACAGGAAAGGCGAGAGUUUGCUGGAGGUGAAGGGCAAAACUUGUUGAUGGGAAAAGAGAUUGAAAAUAAAACGAAAGAAGAAAUUCAUGGAACCAAAGUUCUUCUGUCUACACCUGCAAACAAUUUUUACAAUGUUUCUGCUAAUCGAAGAAUCAUCCACAUUUUGUUAUUUACAUUGACCUUCAUUUGUGCUGUCUUUGCUGGCUAUUUAGGGAUAGUUACCAUAGACACUUUACCAACAAUGAUCUGCGUUGUAGUCACAAAUAUUUGUACAUACUUUGCCAUAGUGCUACCACUUGAAUCACUAUUAAUGUUUUUUGUUUCACGAAACUAUAGCAGAUUGACUGUAGAUGAUUUUUAUGAAAAAGAAACUGAAUUAGUUGAACAGGAAUCUAAUAUGAACAACACUGAAAGUAAGCUAAUGCAAAGCCAAGUUCAAUUCAGCUCCAAUCAAAUGGAAAACGACAGCAAAGCAGUAAUCUAACAAUGCCCAAUUAUUUUUUCAAAUUGUUUUCAUCAAUAAUUGAGUUUGCUAUUGAGUAAAUUCCAUUCAACAUGAAUUUUCUCUCGAUUUUGAAGAUAUUCUGUGGCUGGUACCAAUACUUGGCACCCUGCUGAAUUCAAGGUGAAUUUUACCUUUUCCAACUGCAUCUCGGUUGCUGUUUUUUAAAACUCAAGUACAGUUAAAUAGAUGAUGUUCUGGUAAAGCUGAUCUCGAGUUAGCGGGUCUAGUUUUGAAGAAUCAUUAUUGUUCAGUUUUAACUUUCUUUUAUUUGACGAGGACUAUUGUUCUGGUUUAUUGAUUGUGAAUUGAUAAAAUAUACUAUACCCAUAUUUCCCAGCGUCAUUUUAGAAAUAUAUGAGAUAUUUGUUCCCAAA